CAGAGCAGGUAUUUGGCGGUUUGGCCUAGGAUCCGCACCCGUAUCUUGCGAUAACAACAUCAAUCGCACCGAUCUUCCCUUCCCUUUUCGUCUGGCAUCCUAUUCAGACAACUCACUGUUAGUAAGUCAGGGAUCAAUCCAGACAUACGAAGUAACACAUUACAAUUGGAAGUAUUCGGUCUUUAUAGCCCCUCCAUCCUUUACAGUAGAGAUGGUUUGAGUGGGAUGCAAUAAAAAAAUCAGAUGAUAGUGCAUUAACCCUAAAAUCAUCCAAGAGAGUUCUUAAACAGUUGGAAGACAUUGGUCAGCAAUUAGCACUAACAUUUAACAAUGAGGGUUCUCUACUUGCUGUUGGUGGUGAGAAUGGCAAGCUAAGAGUUUUCAAAUGGCCUAGCAUGGAAAUUAUAAUUGAUGAGGUGGACGAUGCUUCUGUAAAAGAUUUAGAUUUCAGCCCUGAUGGCAAAUUUCUUGCAUCUGUCGGAAGUGGCUGUUGUAGGGUUUGGAAUGUCUCAACAUUAGCAUCCGUGAUUUCUUUGCAGAAGAAAGAUGUUUUUACAG